AUGGCCAGAAGAGGAGUCCUUUUCUCUCUCCUGUCCAUACUCAUCCUGACUGCUCUUCCACAACUUUUGAAGACUCAUGGCAUCUUCCCUCACCAUAGCUACAUCCUUGUCUGCCACCCUCAUGGGUUCAUGUCCCAUUCAUGCUUCGGCAACUUUGCCACAGAGGCCUCAGGCUUCACCAAGAUCUUUCCUGGCAUCACCCCUUAUGUGCUCAUGCUGGGAGCCUUUUUCUGGGUGCCUUUCCUCAGACACUAUGCCAUGUUGACAGGGGCCUGCUCUGUGAGCCAGUACUCCAUGGACUAUCUGUUUACCCAAAAGGGUACAGGCAACAUGCUGGUUGUGGUAGUCAGUGGCCUGGUGGAGUGCAGAUACCACACAUCUAUAGGGAAGCCCUUACCCAUGCUGUUCUUGAGGAACUGGACUGGGUUUGUAUGCAAGGCCCUGCAGCAUGGGGUAGUUCUAAUCCCUGCCCAUGCCUUUGGGGAGGUAGACCUUUACCAUCAGCACAUUUUCACUUCUGGGGGUUUAGUCAAUCACUUCCAGAAGUGGUUCCAGAGUGUGCACAUUUACCCUUGUGCUUUCAAUGAACGUGGCUUCACUGAGAACUCCUGGGGCCUUCUGCCCUAUGCCUAGCCUGUAACCACCAUUGUCGGGGAGCCUCUGCCAGUGCCCAAGAUUAAGAAGCCGAGCCAGGAAGUGGUGGACAAAUACCAUGCACCCUGUAGGGAAGCCCUGCACACUGACCAGCACAAGACCCUGUUGGGCUGCUCAGAGACCCAGGAGCUGGUGAUAGUCUGA